AGGAGUUGGCCCGUUUCCUUUGUAGAAGAUUCCAAAAUAGCGGACAUCGAAAGCCAUCACAUCGGUAAAAAAUGAAAAUGGGGAACCCAGAGGUUCCUAGCUUUACUGUGGAUUCCACAGAAACCACUAUCACGUUCGCCAGCCCGAAAUCCCGUGAAGACUCCUUUGAGUUUAUAGCCCAGGCAAUCAGAGGAAAAAACCACAACACAAGCAGAAUCGUUUUGAUAUGUCAGCAAAUUUUAGAGGCCAAGCAUCUGAAAUCGGAGCUCGCCAGUCGCAAUGUCAACACGUUACUUCUGUCAGCGGAUGACCCGAUACCCGGCCAAAUGUUAGUUCUCUGGACCAAGGGGUACAUUCAACAAGCAUUGAUUCUUUGCGAUGACAUGCUUCACUUGCUCGCAAAGAUCGAUGUGACUUUCGUGAUCCAUACAACGCUUCCGCCCUCGAAGGAGUUCUUGGAACGUUUGGAGCUGUUGAAGAAGUCGCAAAUCGAAGUGGACAUGCUGGCUAUAAUUUGCCACAGCGAGGAAAACUUGAAAUCCGGCAGUAAUAAAACGAAGCCUUGGCCAGAAAUCGAAGAUAUCCAAAAAAGAUGCUUAGACGAGGGUCCUCAGAACUUGGGUUUCCCAAUGGAAAUUAGGGAUAACACCUUGUCUUCCUUUCUUAAACUGGAAGAAUCGGCUUUACAUUGCCAAGUCACCGAUCCUAAAAUUGCACCUACGGAUCUAUAUGGCACUGAAGAAACCGCCUCGACGGACUCCUUCAAGACUGCCAAACAGUUCCACCCGCUGGCCGGGUCAGAGGACGCUCCUGCGGUGGGGCCCAAGUCCAAUACCCGGAGUGAGUACGGCGUGCUGGCCUGCAGUCGCCACCCGAUCUUCUCCUGCUACGACCUGGGCGGCGUGCCCGCCAUAAGCGCACCCAUCGCGGCGGCCACGCGCCGUCUGGGCAUCGGUGCCUCCCGAGCCAAGGGCGUCCAGAGGUUCGCCUGGCCACACGUCUCCGCAGGCAAGUCCGUGAUCGUCGUGGGCAACUCGAAGAUCGGCAAGACCUGGUGCUAUCUGCCCACGAUGUGCCAGUGCAGCUAUGAGGAGCUGCAGCGGCGGCCCACGCUCGGCUGCGGACCCACCAGCAUUCUGCUGUGUCCCAACGAGGAGCACGGUGCCAAGAUCCACCACUGGGCGGAGCAGCUCUUAGCUCCGCUGCGAGGGGAGGUGGCUUUGGAGGGCGUGGUCGCUCUCUGGGAGAAGGGCUGCGUGAGGGACGCCGCCAACCGGCUUGGCCAGCCCGUCGGAGUUCUGCUGACUACCGUGGACCUGAUGCUCCAGCUGCUGGCCCUCCACUCAAGUCAGUCACCCCUUUUCGACGCCCGCGCUGUGAAGCACAUAGCCUUGGAGAACUUGAGCGAACUGGUCUGCCUGCAGCCGGUCGAGACCACGAAGCUGCUCAGGAAGCUGUCCGAGUUCUUCGAGUUCGGCCCGGGAAAGUGCCAACUCCACGUCUCCGGUCGAAGCUGGCAGGAGGAGUCGGUGAUGCAGCCCAUCCUUUCGCUGGUACCCGAUGUCCUGGUACUCUUCGAGGACGCCCUGGAAGCCAGUUUCCACCGCGACGUCAAGCUCGACUUCGAGCUGGUUCUGGAGAACCAGAAGUUCGACCGCCUGGUGGGGAUGGUCGCGAACAGAGACCUCGCCACGGAGCGGGUCGUGGUGGUCUGCCAGAGUCCACGCGAGGUACGCGAUCUGCACAAGAAGCUGGCCCAGAAGCAAGUGGCGGCCCUGCCCUGCUACUCGGAAGUGGGCUUCCCCAUGGUCACCCGGUGGCGAGUAGAGUCCAUGGCGCUUCCGCUCCUGGUCGUGGACGAAGUGAUGCCCAAACUGAAUUGCGGCCCCAUCGACCUGCUUAUCCACUACAGCUUAGCCACCAGUUGGCUGCUGUUGAAGAAGCGCUUCACUCUGUUCUUCGAGAACUUCCGACUUCCGCCCCCCAGACGUCGUGGGCACUCCGUAAUCUUCCUCCUGGAGAACUGUGGGGAAGGCGUUUGGCAGCUCUGCGACUUUCUGUUGAAGCACGGGCUACCGCGGCCCGCCCCGCUGCUGGACAUUCUCUCCCAGCGCCACCUGGUGCAGCAGCUCCAACCGGAGCCGCUGAUGCUCUGCAACCAGCUGACCGCCCACGGGGAUUGCCUGAGGUACCUAUGCCGCUACCGCCACUGGAUGUGGCGGGAGGAGGUGCGCCCACCGGAUCACUACCCCACCAGCGGCGAGAUUCGGUUUACGGUCCUGACUUGUAACAGUCCCGCUCAUCUGUCAGUGCGUCUGAACAAGGACUUCCCCACGGUGGCCUUCUUCAACGGCGUCCCGAUGAGCCAACUGGGAGCUCAGCUGCAGCGUCACUACGGACUCGAGGUGAACCGGCACAGGCACCCGAACCCAAACCCCGGGGAGAAGGCGGUGGUCAGGAACAUGAACCGAUACGACCGGGUGGCAAUUUUGAAGGCGAUUGGCGAUGGACGGGUCGCUGUGCGACUGCUGGACUCGUCCACCGAUACUCUCGUCUACAAUGCUAGCCAGGUUUACAUCUGCGAGAAGAUCUUUCAGAAUCAACCCAGCGAGGCGAUGGAAGUUCGGAUUGCAGGCCUCGAGUCCGGCAGCCUGGAUCGCUUCUGGCCCGAGGACUUGCGCAACGCAGUGCGCACCCAGUUCUUCAGGCGGGAUUCGCAGAUUAUGUGCCGUCGUGAGUACCAUGCCCAAGUGCAGGCCACCAUCCACGCGACCAUCUUCGUGGACAACGUGUACGACGACAAGGGCGACGACCUGCGCGGCUUUGUGGUGAAACGCUUCAGCGCCCACCAGGAAGCGCGAUGCUUGGACAAGCUAAGGCAGAUGGUCCAGAGCUCUAGGCCAACCGCAAAAGCAGCCAACUCAGCUAAGAAAGACUGAGAAAUCUUUUUUCACUUUUAAUAUUUUACUUUUAGUUUUAUUUCGAAACGCGUAUUCUACUUGAAACUGCAUUGAUUCGUUUCUGAUACCAAGACGAAUAUAAUAGAAGUAUAAGUAUUGCUUAUUUUAAGCAGACUUAAAUUGGAUCUUAAAAGCGUGUUCAUAAAAUAAAGAGCCUUAACCGGAGUGGUUAGCUUACGGAUAUCAAGAGACAAGGUGAUCUAUGUCUUCAUAGAUCGCUGGCCUGCUGGCCACACGGACAAUCGAUAUUAA